AUGCUCCAACUGGAUUGCAAAUAAGAAAAAGUGAAUAAGUCUAAUUUGGAAAAGGAAACUGUUAAACUUUAAAUGUUUUUCAAUGCGCAAGGAAGUGAUCCUAUAUUAAUUAAUUAAUUACAAAAAUGUUCUAAAUAAAUCUGGAUCCAGCGAGGAAAUAGCUAAAUUGGCAACGCUGCAUGCGCAGAUCGAGAUUUAAAAAGGUUGUUUUAAAUAAGUCGCUUGUACUUGUUCCUACUUUAAAAUAGCACUUGGCUUCGGCUAAAAAUGGACGCUAAGGUGGAGGACAGUGCUCCGGAGCUGGUGGAAGCUGACAGCAAAUUGGCAAAAUCAACAGAGGAGAAUCAUGAGAAACCAUCACUUAGCAUUGGAUUGCUGCCAAUUAUGAUCUUCCUGGCCGCCACGGUGACCACAGCGGUGGUGGUGGAGCUGUUGCCACAUGCCAACAGCAGGUUUUUCCCCUGGCUACCGCCGGAUGCUGCGGAAGAUCAGCUAAAAGCCGCGCCCACAUACGCCAUCUUCGGCCGAAGUCCCACAGAGGAGCACCUAGUGCACGUGGUGAAUGUGCUGCAGAGUUUUGGAUAUAAGCGAGUGGACGUGAACGAGAGUUGGAACCUUCUAUGGGCCCACGAUUACCCCUUCCUCACGCACCCAAGCCUGAAGAGUCUCGGCCAGAAUCAGGUGGUAAACCACUUUCCGGGCUGUGGGUACCUCACCAACAAGGUGGACCUGUGCACCACACAGCUGCCAUUUUUGCCACGCGCCUUUCGUCUGCCGGCACAGCGGCAGGAGUUCCUGGACUACGCCCGCGACAAUCCGCAGGCUCUCUUUGUCCAAAAGCACAAUGAACACAGGCACAUCAAGGUGCGAGAGCCGGCGGACAUUGCCUUCGGCUCCAACGACUCCUUUGUGCAGGAGUUCGUGCAGCGACCCUUUCUCGUGGAUGGCCACAAGUUCGACAUAGGCGUCUAUGUGGUCAUAACCUCCGUCAAUCCUCUGCGAGCUUAUAUCUACACGGGGGACGUGCUCUUCCGAUACUGCCCCGUGAAGUACUAUCCCUUUGACGCCGAGAAUGUGGACAAAUAUAUCGUGGGCGACGACUACCUGCCCACCUGGGAGGUUCCCUCGCUGAGGAAGUUCUACAAUCGCUUCGGCGGCAGCAUGCGUACCGUCUUCGAAGCCUACGUAAGGGAUCAGGGCAUGGAUCCUUCAAAGAUUUGGCCUCAAGUGGAGCACAUAGUCCGCUCAACGAUAGCGGCCAAGGAGAACGACAUUGUCAAUAUUCUGCGCUCCUACAGGACGCACAACUUCUUCGAUUUGAUGCGAUUCGACCUGUUCAUCGAUGAGGAUUUGAAGGUUUACCUCAUGGAGGCCAACAUGUCGCCGAAUCUCUCCUCGGCACACUUCAAGCCCAACUCUCUGCUGUACGAACAGGUUCUGUACAGCGUCUUCAAUCUGGUGGGAAUUCGUCCUCUCAAGGCAACAGGUGGCACUUUAUUAAGUGAGAGCAGCGAAAUGCUUACAGCUGACAAAAACUUGGCCACCGAUUUGAAUAAAUGCGCUGCCCACGACUGCGAUAAGUCCUGCAACAAGGACGAGUGUGACCUCUGCCUGGCCUGCCUCAGUGGAUCGGAGUAUAAAAUGCUGCAGCAAGCCCAUCAGGAGCACCUGCAUCGCAUCGACAUGAAGCGUCUUUUCCCGAAACCAAUUCUCGACCUGCAGCGCUUCAAUCUGGCCGAGGAAACCACAAACAUGACCAAGAAAAACGCUUGGAUGGCCCAGUGGUUCUACAACAAAUGCCUAUAUGAUGCUACCUGGUGUACUUAGAUUUAAAUCAAUAUUUAUGUAAAUAUGAAUCUUGACCGCAAAGCCUUGAAUGCUCAGCAUUAGAAAAUUGGCCACCGAUUGUACUUAGUUGAAAACAUAUUUUUAUAUAUAUAUAUAUAUAUGGCCAUACAGUCAUUAUUUAGUGCAAAUUGGUAGUAAUAUUAGUAGUUAAGUGAAGAACGAGUUGUGCUCUUAGAUGCCUUAAAUGACAAGGAUAAUGUGUUCAAAUUUCAAUAAAAUCCCGUCCUUUAAA